AUGCAGCAAGGCGGCUUACCGAGUAAUGCGACCUACGCGGUCGACGAGGUCAGUCGCACAGACGGCUCAUUCUGUUCAUGCUGGGCACCGAAAGGGAACACGACGACGACGACGAUGCAAGACGACGCGUAUGGAGAGGCGCCGAUCAGGAGAUGCUCGAGCGUCGGUGUCCUGGCCAAGUAGCCCACACUAACAUCCACCCAUGUACCACUCCCCACAUAGUACGGACGCCCGUUCAUCGUGAUCCGAGACCAAGGCCGCAAGACGCGCACGCACGGCCUGGAAGCGAUCAAGGGCCACAUCCUCGCCGCGAGGACCGUCGCCGGGAUCGUACGCACCAGUCUGGGACCGAGGGGACUCGACAAGAUCCUCAUCUCCCAGGAUGGCGACAUCACCGUCACCAACGAUGGAGCUACCAUAUUGGGUCAGAUGCAGGUACGUUGGCUGGGGGAAAAACAGCCGCGCUUUCCACGCUUCCUGCUGACGGAUGUGUCCUCACCGGCUUGCAGGUCGAACACGAGAUCGCAAAGCUGUUGGUUCAACUGUCCAAAUCGCAGGAUGACGAGAUUGGUGAUGGAACAACAGGUGUCGUCGGUCAGUCGUCCUCGCACUCGCAUGGCGUACCCCGCCCGCACGCUGACCCCUGACCCCUUUCCCCCAUGCAGUCCUCGCCGGUGCUCUGCUCGAAUCCGCAUCCGGUCUCCUCGAUCGAGGUAUCCACCCGAUCAAGAUCGCCGAUGGCUUUGAACGAGCUUGCGCCGUCGCCGUCGCCGAGCUGGAACGCGUCGGUGAUGUGAUCGAGUACUCCAAGCACAACCAGACCGAGUUGCUCAAAGUUGCCCAGACCAGUAUGGGAAGCAAGAUGUGAGUAGAACCGAAACGCUCUUCUAACGAGCCCGGUAACUCACUAUAUCUUCUUGUGGAUCGUCUCCCCCAGUGUCUCGAAAGCACAAGGCUUGUUCGCGCAAAUCGCCGUCGAUGCCGUGCUCGCCGUGGCCGACCUCGACCGCAAGGACGUCUCCUUCGACCUCAUCAAGGUCGUCGGCAAAGUCGGUGGUUCGAUCGAAGACACGACCUUGAUUCGAGGUGUCCUGCUCGACAAGGACAUGUCGCACCCACAGAUGCCGCGCUCGCUCCACGACGCGCGCAUCGCGAUCCUCACCUGCCCCUUUGAGCCCCCUCGCCCCAAGACCAAGCACAAGCUCGACAUCACCAGCGUCGAGGAGUACAAGAAGUUGCAGACCUACGAGACGGACAAGUUCCAGGAGAUGAUCAAGCGCGUCAAGGACACCGGCGCGAACCUCGUCAUUUGCCAGUGGGGGUUCGAUGACGAGGCGAACCAUCUGUUGAUGCAGAACGACUUGCCUUCCGUUCGAUGGGUCGGUGGGCCUGAGAUUGAGGUGAGCUAAAUAGCUGUUAUCACUUUCAAAUGAGCGACUUCUAACUCUCCCAUCUCUCUUUUACAGUUGAUCGCCAUCGCGACAAAUGGUCGCAUCGUUCCGAGGUUCGAGGACCUGACCACCGAAAAGUUGGGCAAGGCCGGUCUAGUGCGCGAGCUCGCAUUCGGUACAACGCGCGACAAGAUGCUCGUAAUCGAGGACUGCGACAACUCGCGAGCGGUGACCGUCUUUGUCCGUGGAAGUAACAAGAUGGUGAGCUCGAUAUCCAAUGUGGCUGAUCCUGCAGUGCGAGGUUCACAAGACUGACGAUCUGGCGCACCUGACGAUGAAUCUACAGAUCAUUGACGAGUCCAAACGAGCGUUGCACGAUGCGUUGUGCGUCGUCCGCAACCUCGUCAAGGACAACCGAGUCGUCUACGGUGGAGGAGCCGCCGAAAUCGCUUGCUCGAUCGCCGUUGCCAAAGCCGCUGACGAGAUCGCUUCGAUCGAACAAUACGCUAUGCGAGCCUUCGCGACCGCACUCGAUGCGAUUCCUUUGGCCUUGGCUGAGAAUUCGGGUUUGUCCCCUAUCGAAACGUUGGCGGAUGUCAAGAGUCGACAAGUGACGGAAGGGAAUUCGAGGUUGGGUAUCGAUUGCGCCAACAAGGGGAGCAACGACAUGAAGGCCCAGUUCGUGUUUGACCCGCUCAUCUCGAAGCGACAGCAGUACCUUUUGGCGACCCAGCUCGUUAGGGCAAUCCUCAAAAUUGACGACGUUGUGAGUGACGUUUUCUGUCUAUCGAUGGGGAACAGUCUUGUUGACGUUGCGCUAUCAUCUCUACUCGUAGAUCACUUCGGGCGGAGGAGAUGAAGAGUACUAG